AUGUCUACACAAGCUAUGGGCGUUCCCGAAGCCUUGUCAAAGAGCAAGCUCGAAGCUCUGCAAGUCAGUGUCAAUGAGGUUGAGCCUGACAGCCCUCCUCAUGAUUCUCCUCACGACUUCGACCGCCUAAGUAUUCAGAGUCCACCACCACAGCUGAAUCAGACAAUGAUGCAGCCCCAUCGUACCAUUACGCGCGAUCCAAACAUCGUCUGUCGCAUGCCUGUAGACGAUGGCAGACUGCGCUCUCCCAGCCCUACCGGGUCUGUUCGCAGCUCAUUCACCUCCCGCCGUCGUGUCAGCCGCCGCUCAGGUUUCCGUAGCAGCCAUGGCCACUCAAGAUCGCAUCACCACGAGGUCUCGAAGGAGCUCACUAUCGAAGCCGAAAGCGAGUUCUUUGCGCUCAUGGAACUCAUGUCUGGUAUCACCCUUCGAAGCACAUCUUUGAAAGAAGUGUGGAGGAAGAUCAUUUCGGAGCGCGAGUCCCACUGCCAUGAGAUGGAGUCUAUGUACGAACGCAUCGAAGAGUUCACCGAGAUCAUUGAACGCCAUGAGAAGGAGAAGCAUAGCCACAGCCUUGACCACGAGGAACGACAGAAGAUUGUCCUCAAGCUUGAGCUUGACCUGAAGAUUGCCCUUGAGGCAUCAGCCGGAUACAAGAACCAGCUUUUUGACAAGGAGUGUGAGCUCGAGAAGGCUCACGGAGAAAUUGCAGAGUGCAAGGAUGUCUACAAGUACCUCGAGGAGAGACACGAGGAGACCAAGACAACCCUACAGGAGACUCAACUGCAGCUCUCUGCUUGCAAAGAGCGCUGCCGUCGUGCUGAAGACGACUGUGAGAAGCAUCACGGUGAAGUCCGCAGCUGGAAGAACAAGUACUCUGAGCUCGAGACCAAGACGACGGAGAUCACGACCAAAUUUGAGUCUACUCACAAGGAGCUGCUCAGCAUCCAGGCCAUCAACGCCACCUUGAGCAAGGAAAGGCACGACUGGCUCUGCGAUAAGGAAGAGCUCGAAGAAGAGAUCCGCAAGCACAAGCACCACGAGCACGAAUACCAGCGUGAGCUCAAAGAAAUCACCGAAUCCUACGAGAAGAAGACGCACGAAGUCCACGAGCUCAUUGAGAAAGUCUCCAAGAUGAAGCACGAGCGCGAAGAAUCCACAAAGGAAAUCAAAUCCCUCAAGACGCAGCUCAAAGACGCCCACCACCAGUGCGAAGAGCACGAACACGCCUGCCGUAAAUGGAAGCGCAAGUGGGAAGACUGUGACCGCGAACUCACCACUCUCCGCGCCUCCUUCACAUCCCUCACCCUAACCCACACCGAGAUGUCCGAAACCCUCACCAAAAAGACCGAGGAAGUCCGCAAACUCACCAUAGAGCGCGACGAGUGCCAGGAGCACUUCCACGCCAAGUGCAAAGAGCAUGACGACGCGCGACGCGAAAUCAUCGUGCUGAACGAAUCGAUCCGCCGCUUUGAAAGCAGUAUCAAGGAGAAACUCGAGAUUAUACACACACAUACAGAGCGCAUCGAGCGCCUCACCGCCGACCUUCGCGAAACCACGCGCCACAGAGAUACGCUCAAAUCCGACCUCGCCCUCUCCGCCAGCGCAAAAGUCGCGCUCAACAUCUCCCUCGAAUCCCUGACGUCCUCGCACGCCAGCACCUGCGAAAAGCUGCGCGAGUGCGAAACGCGCUACGAGUCGGUGCACACGCAACUCUCGGAAUUCCACGAGAGUGGCGGCGAGUGGGAGGUGGAGUGCGAAAGGCUGGAGGAGAGUCUAAGGGAGGCGAGGAGCCAGAAGGAUAGGGCGGUGGAGAUGAGGGUUGAGGCGGAUCGUCAGCGGGAUGAGUAUGUGGGCAGGUGGGAGGCGAAGUGUAGGGAGGUGGAGAGGUUGAGUGAGGAGAGGAGGAAGGGGAGGAUGACGCUUGGACAUCAUGGAAGUAAGUUUGGGGGGAGUGUGUAUUCGAGGAGUGUUAUUGGGGAGGAGGAUGAGAGGAGUGUUGUUGGUGGGGAGGCGUAA